GCGGAGGCCGGCAGGGGCCGGGCUGGAAGCGCUGCGUUCCUGUGUGCUGGGGCCGCCGGCGCGCAGGGGCGGGGAGAGAAGCAAUCAUGGCGUCCAUGCAGAAGCGGUUACAAAAAGAGCUGUUGGCAUUCCAGAAGGACCCGCCUCCAGGAAUGACACUCAAUGAAAAGAGUGUAGAAAACUCAAUUACACAGUGGAUUGUAGAUAUGGAAGGUGCUCCAGGAACACUCUAUGAAGGGGAGAAGUUUCAGCUUCUAUUUAAGUUUAGUAGUCGAUAUCCUUUUGAUUCACCUCAGGUCAUCUUUACUGGAGACAAUAUUCCUGUUCACCCCCAUGUUUAUAGCAAUGGUCAUAUCUGUUUAUCCAUCCUAACAGAAGACUGGUCCCCCGCACUCUCGGUGCAAUCUGUUUGUCUUAGCAUUAUUAGCAUGCUUUCCAGCUGCAAAGAAAAGAAGCGACCUCCAGAUAACUCAUUUUAUGUAAGAACAUGUAACAAGAAUCCAAAGAAAACAAAAUGGUGGUAUCAUGAUGACACAUGUUGAUGGCACCGUUUUGUGAUCCUCGUAGCAGAAGAUAGUCCUACUGAGAAAAUGAGCACUUUGAUCAUUCAGUCUUUGAACUUUAACCUUUGACUGGAAGGCAAUAAAGACUACUUCCUUUUGACUGCAUUUACUAGUGUGCAUUCUGGGCGCAUGUUGAUCUCUGGUUCGGUCCAUGCAACUGACAUGCUUUUAUUAGUCAUACAGUAUUAAUGCAGGUGUCCAGAAAUGUCAGAAUAAUUCCAUUAUUUUUUUGUUAUGUUAAGCUUUUGGAAGAAUUCCAGGUCUUCAUAGAUAUUGUGCAAUAACACUGAGCUCCUUGGCGGUUUUGGUGCAGCCAUUGCCGGCAAUGGACAUUGUACCAGGGAAAGAGAUUUUACUCUAUUAUUGUUAUGGUUUUGUUUUCUUUUUUGCUCCUGCCACAAAGAAAAAAGAAAAAAAAAAAAUGAGGCAUGACAGAGCUUGUGAAAAUUCUGGAUAUACUUGGAUUGCAAGCAAGGGAUCUACCGGUACCUUAAGAGCCACCCAAUCCUUUUCUGUUUGGAUUCUAUGCACUUUGAUCACAGAGCUAAGCAGCAUGAGUGACCGUACUUGGCUGGAGGACUGGAAGAGGAGCGUUGCAUAUUUAUUGCAUUUUAACCUGCUGUCGCAGUGGGUGGACACGGAAGGUUUUUCACCGUGGCACUGGCAGAGAGGUACAAUCUUAUCCCUAUGGUGAAAUAAAAACUACUUUUUGUAUAUAGUUAUUCAUAUCUCUGAAGCAAAGGUAUGAGUAAACUUAGGGUCUUAGAGUGUUUUAAUUGAGAAUUUAUUUUGGAGAUAGAAGAGGAUGGCAGUGACAGAACUGAACUUUCUGUGGCCCAUAAUUGGGCUUGGAAUUUGUACUUUCCAGCUUUUUUCAAAUAGAUUGCACACUGUUCUUUCCUGCUAGUCAUCAGCAUGAGCCCUGCUGCCCACACCGGCAUUUUGUUCGUUUCUGUGUUGGAGAGCAGUUCAUGUAACAUCUUUUGGUUCGCAUUUGCUGUUUCUUUUGUUGUUGUAUGUUAUGUUUGAAUGUCACAAACCAAUAUUUUAAUUGAAAAGCUUUGUCAGAAGAUAUUUUCAUGUAAAUUAUUUCUUUAUCUUGUAAGCAUCUUGUCUUUUAAUUCUGUACUAUAAAAAAAAAAUACAUUUUUGACAGAGGCUUAAUGUUUUGACAAAAAAGUGUGGACCUUCUUAUUUAAGUUUAGACUAAAGUAUAUUUUCUUAACUUGCUUGUCCCAUGCAUCCAUACCAAUUUCUUUUCCAGACUUUUACUUCACCAAAAAGGG